AUGAAUGGUCAAGUGGAAUGCGAGAAUUUUGAAGAUCGUACUGAUGAAUUGGCUGAUGAUGGCGAUAGUUCACCUUCACCAUCAGAAGACACAAAGUACGACUUUCCGUUGACAGAGAUGAGCUACGAUAACGAUUCUGAUAAGCCCUUCAUCUGUGAGCAUGCGAAUUGUAAUAAGAGAUUCGCGAACAAAUUCCUUUUGAAGAAACAUCAAUUUAUUCACACGGGACUUCGACCCCAUACUUGUCCGUAUUGCAGCAAGCGGUUCAAUCGGAAAGAUAAUUUAUUACGGCACAAGAAAACGCAUCUCCAGACAAGUGUUAUGGAGGAUCGAAGAAGUCUACCGGAAGCGUUCAGUGGGCUAUUUCCAGCAUUCGGUAGCACAUUAGGUCUUGACCUGAAAAUGGACGGUUUGGAUGCGAUAAAAAUCGAAGCACUGGAUGCGUUCCGAGUGGAAAAUAAUGAAGACUAG